CUCGAUAUCAAUUCGUAUUUUCAUUGGAUAGUUUAUAUGGAGAGUCGCGGUAACUUCGAAGAGGUCCAAGGAUAAGUUUACAGAGGUAAGGAGGUAAGGUAUAUCCAUUAUGUCAGAGGGGAAAGUUAUCCCUGUAAGGGUUGCAGUGCGUGCCAGACCUCUCAUUCAAAAAGAAACGAACGAGGGAUGUCAAGUUUGUGUAAGCUUCACGCCUGAUGAACCACAGAUCAUCUUGGGGAAGGACAAAGCUUUUACGUACGACUAUGUCUUCAACCCAGCAGAAAGUCAACCUUUUGUGUAUCAGGAAUCUGUUUUCCCGCUCAUCAAACACAUUUUUAAAGGAUACAAUGCCACAGUUUUGGCAUAUGGACAAACAGGAAGUGGUAAGACCUUUACCAUGGGAGGAUGUUACGAAGCAUCACUCAAUGAAGACGAAACAGAAAUGGGAAUUAUUCCACGAGUGAUUCGAGAGCUCUUUAAUGGCAUUAAUGAAAGGAAAAACUCUGACUUCACUGUUAAAGUUUCUUACUUAGAGAUCCAUAAUGAGGACAUCAAUGAUUUGUUAUGUCCAGCUGCAAAGCGCGAGCCAUUAGCUAUUAGAGAAGAUGUUAAUGGACAAAUUAAGUUACCUGGUCUGUCAGAGGUUGCAGUUCAGAGCUUUGAAGAAACCAUGAACUGCCUUCAGAGUGGUUCAAGUGGUCGUACAACAGGUUCAACAGCCAUGAACACAUAUUCAAGCCGAUCCCAUGCUAUCUUCACAAUACAUAUUGAACAAAAAAAGAAACAGGAUAUGGACGAUGUCUGUAAGUGUAAGUUUCACCUGGUUGAUCUGGCUGGUUCAGAGAGGGCCAAGAGGACCCAGGCUGUGGGGGACAGGUUUAAGGAGGGUGUCAACAUUAACAAAGGCCUGCUGUCUCUAGGGAAUGUAAUCAGUGCCCUGGGGGAGGAGAGUCAGGCCAGGAAUCACAUUCCCUACAGGGACAGCAAACUGACCAGGCUACUGCAAGAUUCUUUGGGUGGGAAUAGUUACACUUUGAUGAUUGCCUGUGUGAGUCCAGCAGAUUCUAACAUGGAGGAAACACUGAAUACUCUGAGAUAUGCGGACAGGGCCAGGAAAAUUAAGAACAAACCUGUUAUCAACAGAGAUCCACAGGCUGCUGAAAUCUAUCGCCUCAAGCAACUGGUACAACAACUGCAGGUACAGCUGGUUAAUGGCGGAGGAGUGUCCUCAAUGAGCAUUGACACAACUUCCUCGUCAACAUCGUCAGAGGAUCUAAAGAAUUUGAUAGAGAAAAAUAAAGUUUUGGAGGAAGAGAAUAACAAACUUUCAUGUGAGCUUCAGCGAGCAGUAGAUCAGAGCACCAAUAUGUGUGAGAAAGCCAUCAAACUGGAACUCAAGUGUGAGAAACUUAAGACUCGAAUGGACAAGCUCAAGACAGACACCAAGAUAGACUUUGAUGUACUUGGCACAAGUAUCAAUGCAGAACAGAACCCAGAGGCAAAAGAACAGAUUGAAAAAAUACGAACACUGACAGUCAGCAUACAUCAAGAGGAGCAAGAUGAGGGACCGCUUUCUGUUGUUGAGGAAGAGGAAGAGGAAAAUGAGAAUGACUUGUCGCCAGAAACCCCAGACAGUCGAGCAUUUUCAAAAGAGUUCACGCUCCGCCAGGCCAAGAUGAACAGAGAACUGCAGGAGCUGAACAGACUGUUGGAGAAGAAAGAGACACUAGCCACACAGAUGACGCUGAAUGACGAUCAAAUGAAGUCCCUUCGGGAUCAACAUGAGGCUCAAAUGAAAGAACUGGAAACUCAAUUAAGCUUAGCGCAAAAACAGAAAGAUGAAAUGCAACAGGCUCUAGAGGAUGCCAAGAGUAAUGCAAAUGCUAACAGAGUUGCUGAACAGAGAAGAAAGAGACUGAAAGAGCUGGAACAGCAAAUUUCUCAGCUACGGAAGAAGAUGACAGAGCAGGAGAAAAUGCUGAAAAUGAAAGAUCAGACAGACAAGAGCGUCACUAAGCUUCAGGGCGAUAUUCAGGGAUUGAAGCAGCAAAGAGUAAAACUGAUGAAGCAGAUGAAAGAAGAUUCAGAUGAAUUCAGGAAAUGGAAGCAGCAGAAGGAUAAGGAGGUGGCCCAGCUGAUGCAGAAAGAUAGGAAGCGACAAUGUGAGAUCGCCAAACUUCAGCGGCAGAAUGAACGUCAGCAAACAGUGCUGAAAAGGAAAAGUGAAGAGGCUGCAGCAGCCAACAGAAGAUUAAAGGAUGCAUUAGCAAAACAGAAGCAAAUACAGGAGGAGAGAGCUAACAAACUCGAGUCCUACAAUUCAUCAACCAUUGGAAACCGAGUCAGGUCUUGGCUGAGCCAUGAAUUAGAGGUCAGGAUCAGUAUUCGAGAGGCAAAAUAUCACUUGGAGCGACUCCUCAGUGACAGGAAAGACAUUGCAAAACAAAUCAAAGACCUUAAGGAGAAGAUAGAGGACGAAACAGAUGGCCCACCAAUCAAAAAGCUGGCUUGGCUGGCAGAGAACGGGGACAAGACAGAGGUCAGUUUUGAGGUAGACAAAAUGAACAAGGAGAUAGCCACCUUGGAAGGAGAGAUGGUAUUGAGAAAUGCCCAAAUUUCUGAGCUUCAGCAGAAGAUCGUGGACGCUGAUCAAGAUAUAAAAGGCAAGAUCUCCUGGGACACUCUACAUACCAUGGUGGAGGCUAAGUGUGCCUUGAAAUGGCUGAUGGAGCAGGCAGUGUGUGCUAAGACGGAUUUGACAAGGACACAGGGCAAGCUGAAGGACACAGAGUAUAACGACCAUGAUUACAAGGAAGAGAUUGAGAAGCUAGAGAAAGAACUGUCUGUCCAGUCACGCAAAAAUGAGAAAAAGAUCACAACUUUACAGAAACAACAUGAGGAAAAGGUGCUUUUCUUGUUGUCCAAAAUGAAGGGAAGUUCUAAUGUUCAAUCUGCAGAUGAAGAUUUGAAAGAACGACUUAAAUUCCAGGAGUCUGAAAUUGAGAGGUUGAGUUCCCUAGAGGAAGAAUUACAAAAGAAGUCUGAGGAGUGUGAAGAAUUGAAAAAGCAAAUGACACGUGCUAUGUACCAGAAUAAGAGAAUGGCAUUACUGCCAAGUAUUGAUGAUCCUAAAGGUUCUCCAUUCUUGUCGCCCACUCCAAAACCUAAGAUGAAGAGGAAGAAGAAGACCAGUGAGGAUGAUGAGGUAGAAAACUGGGAGGACACUGAAGAGGAGAGCUUCCUCACUGAUAAUGAUGACUCCAGUGAUGAGGACUGGAGAGCCACACCCAUGUACAAAAGGAGAGCCACCAAACGAAAGACGGGCAGUGUGGACAAUGCCUCCAUCAACGACAGGUCCACAGUGGACAAGUCUGCAAAUGAGACCUCUCAACUGACCCGACAGAAAGUGAGUACAUCUGCAAUGUUCUGUAAAUGUAAGACCAACUGCAGCAGUCGCCUCUGUUCCUGCAAGAAGAAGGACAGCGCUUGUGGCAGCGAAUGUGGAUGUGACAUCAGCAAGUGUAAAAACAGGGAGACAACUUCUGACCAGGAAAAUAAUGAGGAUGGUGAUCCACAAGCCACACUGAACAGCACUUACAACCUGGAGGAGUCCAACCCAAAGGAAACUCUUCCCAAAAAUCCCCUCAAGGAUUUGUUAAGUUUCAAUGAGGGGCAUCGCAGCUCAGAUGAAUUUGUGAUUCCAUCGGUUACAAAAUCCAAACGAACAGAAUCUGAGGAAAGUGCACCUCUCUUGGAAGGUGGAGUCAAGAAGAGGAGGAAGCUGUUCAGUACAAGUGCCAGGAACACCAGUACUAGCUUUUUUGGACCUCUAGAGUAAAUGUCUAUAGGUAGAAUUUAUAAUCUGUAGAUAAUUGACAUGUAUAUAUUUAUUUAGGGGUUGUUUAUCAUCCAGACAUCUCAUUUGUACUGCUACAACCCAGUCAUAGUCAGAAAUAGCAUCAACUCCAAAUCACAUGGUUUUGUUUCAUGUACAUGUAUAUUUUUUCCUUCUCUCUUCUCCUUUCCUUCUCACUUUCUCUCUGUCAUCCUAUUUAAAAUUUAGCAAGAUUUUAAGAUAUGUCAAAAUGUUAUAUACUUCAUAGUUAUUUGUUUUUAUUUAUUUUUUUUAUAAUUUUUUUUUCGGCAUUUUUUUUACUGAUAUUUCGCAAUGCAGAUUUUUAAAAUUUAUAUUGUUUUAUUGUGUCUGGUUUUUCUGGGCAAUUGUAAAUACUGUAUGUAUAGAUUAAGUUCUACUUAAAAAUCUAAUAGGUGAUACAUGAUUGUGCAUUGUAUUGUGAAGGAGUAAAUAAAGCAUCAAUAUUUGA